AUGCCUCGAAAAGAGGUUCUCUUCACGUUCACCGUCGGUGUCGCCAUUUCCCUGUCAGCCAACUUUCAAUACGGUUUCUCGUCCACUUAUCUAAAUGAUCCAGUCGACGAAUUCAAGGCGUACAUCAACGAGUCGUUCACAAAAUGGGAAAAGCAUCUCUCGUCAAGUCAAAUCGAUCUAGUGUUCAACUUGAUCUCGAACAUUUGGUUUGUCGGGUUUUUCUGCGGAAUUUGGUUGAGUCCACUGUUGAAUGAUCGAUAUGGGAGAAGGGUUGGUUUCAUUUCUGGUAACACUUUCUCUUUGUUAGCCUCAUUUCUCCGUGCUCUCUCAAUUAUCACGCAUCAACCGGAGAUUCUCUUUUUCGCCCGACUAUUGGCCUCAAUAUGUACAGCGGUCACCUAUCAAUCGUGUAUCCUUUAUCUACAGGAAGCAUCACCAACUGAAUACCGUGGCGUGAUGUCAUUCAUAUCAGAAAUCUGUUAUGCCGGGAUGACAUUAGUUGGAAUGGGCUUGGGCACUGAUCAAUUGCUCGGCAAACAUCUCUUCUGGUUGACCGCUUUCGCCAUCAUUCCAUCGUUUCUCGCCUUGCUCGUGCUCUUUUUCAUCCCGGAAACACCCAAAUUUUUACUCAUCGUCAAAAAGGAUAAAGAAGCUGCGCUGAAAUCGGUUCACUUCUUUCACGGGAAAUCGUCGAAUGCACGUGGUGUACUUGAUGAAAUUGAAAUGGAAGCCGAAGCCGACAAAGACGAGGCCUCAUUCAAGCAGGGAACAAUCGACAUGUUCACACAGCCACAUCUACGAAAAGCUCUUCUUUUGAGCUGCGCAGCACUACAGAACACAGUCGCUUUGUGGUCAAUUCUGCUGAAUUCGACUCAAUUUCUACAGGACGCCGGUGUGACCGAUUGGGACAAUGAGCUCUCAAAAUGGACAUCAACCACAAUGUCUCUUUGCUAUUUCACAGCCACCAUCAUGGCAAGCGCAUUGGUGGAGAGAGCUGGGAGAAGACCUCUACUACUCACAUUCACCUCAAUCAACAUGUUAGCUCUUGUAUUGUUUACCGUAUUCGCCGAGCUUCGUAAAGCCGUCGAUGGUAUGAAAUAUGGAUGUGUAUUUGCUCUAUUAUUAUAUGGCUUCACAUAUGGCGGAGCUGUUGGCCCAGUUUCUUGGUUCAUUCCAGCGGAGUUGGUUCCGCAACGAUACCGCUCCUUAAACCAAUCGUUAUCCUAUGCGAUUAACACGCUCUCUGUCGUUAUAACUACAUUCACUGUUAUUCCUUUCUAUAACGCGAUAGGUUCCUACGCUUUCCUCAUUCUGUAUAUUGGACCCUCAAUUAUUUGUAUGAUCUACUUGUUUUCAUACUUACCUGAGACUACAAACCGGGAAAUUCACGAGAUUGUCGAUGAGUUGAAAGGCAAUAAAAAGAAA